CACGACGGGGAGGAGGAGAGAAUUUCCAAGAUGGCGACGACCACCGGGAACUAAUUGGCCCCCUUUUUCUUUCUCCGGCUCAGUCGCAGUAUACACUCUCUGCUGAAUAAAUGGCCUCGACUGCACAAGAACAAGGCGUCCUCCAUGAGAGGCUCCGUGACCAGAUCUCUGAGUCAAUCAAGGAAUCCCUCUCUAAGGCCACAGCCGUCCUGUCCAGUCUCCAUCGGGUCCACUCCUACCUCGACGUUCUCAAGAGCGUGCCCUCGCUCCACAUGGGCGGUGGUGGGGAAGGGGUUAAAGGAGCGCUGGAUCAAGUUAGAGCGAUUCGAACAGACACGGCGGCCCUCCUCCAGACCAUUUAUCUGACUGAAAUUGGCCUCCAGAGUCUGGAACAAGUCGACAAGUCCACUGCCUCCUUUUCUUCAAGGUCGACUUCAGCUCGAGAAGUGACUGUUCCUAUUAUCGGAAAAAUCAUUGACCCGCCCUCUGACCUCUCCGCUGAUGUAAUCACUGACGGUGCUAUAAAUAGUAGCAGUAGGGAUGAUGUAAUGCAGGGCACUGCCAUGGUGGAACUUGAAAACCACCCAGACAUUUCAGAAGAUGUUGGUCCUCCAGCCAAAAAACAAAAUUUUGGUAUAGUCAUCACAAAGUGCAUUGCAUGCAAGAGGAAGUAUGCAACCGAUCAGCUCGACCCCCAAUCGGAGGGUAAGUGUAAAAUCUGCCGCUCUCGGGGGGGCCCUGCUAAUCAGACCCCCGUCAAAAACAUGCUGGUGGUCCCCGACCCCGUCCUAAGCUCGACCCCCCAAAGACUGAGUCCCGGGGGGUCGAAAAAUAAACUCCGGAAAGUAUCGACUACCCCCAUGUCUUGUAAAGUGUGCGGGACGAGUUUUGUCUACCGCCGCUGCCUGUUUAGGCAUCUCCGUGAAAACCAUCCCGGAAUCGAUCUCAACAACAUCCACGACUAUAUUGAAACCGAAACAGUCGCUAACGAAGGGGUCUCCCUCCAAGACGAGGGCACGGAAUCGCAGAACACGAGUAUGAAUGUCACGGUAGGUUCAGAGAUACCCCCGGCCGCUUCUGAUAUCGACGAGAGUGGAUUGCUACAGUCGACUUCUCUUGUCCACGAAGACGAAGUUUUACAAUCAGGGGAAGGGGAGGGUGGGCAGGCUAACAUGGAGUGUUCCAUGAAACAUGUGUAUUCUUGCACAAUCUGCAGUAAGACCUUCGACCGUCCGUAUCGGCUCACGCGGCACCUCAACAUACACGAUCCGAAUCGACCACGCGUCACGUGCCACAUCUGCGAUCGCUCGUUCACCAGAUUCGACACUCUUGAGAACCACGUUAAGAGCAUGCACUCAAACGAACGCCCCUUUCAGUGCCAGUACAGCACCUGUCUGAAAACGUUUGCCACUCAAACGGCGCUCAUGAACCAUCUCAAGGUCCACACCAACGGAAGGCCCUAUCAAUGCCAGGAGUGC